GGCUUUUGGUCGUCUUUCUACGUAAAAUUAGGGUUUUCUGAAUUUAUAUCUUUCAUCGAUAAAUCAGAUUCCGUCAAAUUUCUUCAGCACAUCGUUGAUCGGAAAGAUGAAGAAUAGUGCUAGAAUAUCUAAAGGAAACGCUAACAAUGGCGGAAGCAAUCAGAAUUUCAAUCGCUUAGCGCCAGUGAAUAACAGUAAGAUGAAGAACAGGAACAGAAUGGGGGGCGGAGGUGGAGGACUUUCACUCCAAGCCUUUGCUAAUGCUAAAACCAAAACCGACGGCUACAAUCCUGCUUUAAUCAAGAAACAAAGGGAGUUCUACAAAAAUGCAAAAUAUGUCAACAAGUACAAGAAGUCACUGAAGCAACAAAACCAAGAGCAGGGUUCUUCCCAAGCUACAAAAUCUGUAGAGUUGCAGGAUAGAAAUGAAAACAAGGAAGUUGGUGAAAGGCAUCGAGGAAAGAGGCAAACCGGGAAUAAGUCGGCAUACAGUCUAAAAGAAAUUUACGAGAAGAAGCGAGAGGAGGAAGAGAAAGCGAGAAUGGAGAAGGAGGCGAUAAUAGACGCAAAGAAAAGAAAAAAAGAAGAAUCCGAAGGUCGGCGAAAAGCUCAGAGGGAGAAAAUGUUGAAGAGAACGAGAUCGGGUCAACCGAUAAUGAAGUACAGGAUUGAACAUCUGUUGCAGACAAUUCAAGGUUCAAACGAUUAAGAGGUAAUCAAUCUCUUCUCUCAUGUAUUGUAAUGUUUACACCCCUUCAACUUUGUGUCAUUAAUGAUCAUUUCAAACCUUUUGAA